UCGCGGACUUGGCACUCACUGCAGCUUCAACCUGAGUCUCCGCUAGUCGCCUUCCUCCUGCGUGUUGGCUUCUCGCCUUCCUCCCUAAACAGCAUGAGCUUCAGCACACGCUCCAGCUUCUCCACGAGCUACCGGACCCUGGGCUCCGUGCAGUCGGCCAGCCACCGGGUCCGGCCGGUCAGCAGCGCGGCCAGCGUCUAUGCAGGCGCCGGGGGCUCGGGCUCCCGGAUCUCGGUGUCCCGCUCCACCAGCGUGCGGGGCGGCUGGGGAUCCGGAGGCCUGGCUGCAGGGAUGGCGGGGGGUCUGGUGGGCAUAGGGGGCAUCCAGAGCGAGAAGGAGACCAUGCAAUGCCUGAAUGACCGCUUGGCCUCCUACCUGGAGAGGGUGAGAAGCCUAGAGGCUGAUAAUCGGAGACUGGAGAUCAAAAUCCGGGAACACCUAGAGAAGAAGGGACCCCAGGUCAAAGACUGGGGGCAUUAUUUCAAGACCAUCGAGGACCUGAGAGCUCAGAUCUUUGCACAUUCUGUGGACAAUGCCCGCAUCGUUCUGCAGAUUGACAAUGCCCGUCUUGCUGCUGAUGACUUCAGAGUCAAGUAUGAGACAGAGCUGGCCAUGCGCCAGUCUGUGGAGAAUGACAUCAAUGGGCUCCGAAAGGUCAUUGAUGACACCAAUAUCACUCGCAUGCAGCUGGAGACAGAGAUCGAGACUCUCAAGGAGGAGCUGCUCUUCAUGAAGAAGAACCAUGAGGAGGAAGUAAAUGGUCUACAAAACCAGAUUGCCAACUCUGGGUUGACCGUGGAGUUGGAUGCCCCCAAAUCUCAGGACCUGGGCAAAAUCAUGGCGGAACUCCGGGCCCAGUAUGAAGAGCUGGCUCGGAAGAACCGAGAGGAGCUAGACAAGUACUGGUCCCAACAGAUUGAAGAGAGCACCACAGUGGUCACCACACAGACUGCUGAGAUAGGUGCUGCUGAGACGACACUCACAGAGCUGAGACGUACGGUCCAGUCCUUGGAGAUUGACCUGGACUCAAUGAGAAAUCUAAAGGUCAGUUUGGAGAACAGCCUGAGGGAGGUGGAGAUGCGCUAUGCUAUGCAGAUGGAACAACUCAAUGGGAUCCUGCUGCACCUGGAGGCAGAGCUGACCCAGAUCCGGGCAGAAGGACAGCGCCAAGCCCAGGAGUAUGAGGCCCUGCUGAACAUCAAGGUCAAGCUGGAGGCUGAGAUUGCCACCUACCGCCACCUACUGGAAAAAGGGGAGGACUUCAGUCUUUUUGACGCCCUGGACAAGAGCCACUCCUUAGAAACCAUCCAAAAGACCACGACCCGCAAGAUUGUGGACGGCAAAGUGGUGUCUGAGGUCAACGACACCAAAGUUUUGAGGCAUUAAAGGCAGCAAAAGUGGGGCAUCCCUUGGCAAGGCAGGAUGCCAAUAAAAAGUUC